GCUGCAGAUCCGGUCCAAAUGGCAAGCCGACACGUCACCACUCCAGCCGGGUACAGUGGCAAUGAUGGUCGACCCCCAGCUGCCCAGAGCAUCUUGGCCUGUGGGUAAAAUCACCAGUCUUCCCAGGAGCUGAUGGACUAAUACGCACCGCGGAGGUCCGUGUCAAGGACCGCACCUACAUCAGACCCGUUAGUCGACUCAUCAGGCUGCCAGCCAUUCCCAAGGAUGACGAUCAGAUGUGAAGAACUGCAAAUCCGCCACCGGAUUUGGGGGCGGCUGUUGUGAAGAUUCGGGACAUGGAGUAAAUUAUACUGCUUAAUAGCGCCUCCUGAAGACCUAGCGGAGUAUAGCAACAGAAUGUUCAAAGAUUCAAAGCUCCAACGACACGGAGAGAAGUUAGUAACUGGUGGUGUUAGUUGAGAAGUGUUGUCAGUUGCUGCUGUGUUUGAAAGUACUGUGUGCGUCCAUAUAAAUGUAUGGAGACAGAUGAGGUGACAUACUCUGACAUCACCAUCAUCAAAACAGAAAAUGCCAACCAGAAAGGAAACAACAGGGAUGAAGAGGGAGCAAAUGUCAUCUACUCGCAAGUCAAUGUGCUGAAAAAUGCAAAUGAUCUGGACCCUGCAUCUGACUCCAAACAUGACCCUGCUAACUCCUCAAAGUCAUAUUCAGAAAAAGAGAGCCCUGCAUGCACAUCUCCUAGAAGCACAGCACUGCUACUGUCUAUUUGUGUUCUCCUGUUGGCUGUUGCUGUUACGAUGGGAGGGCUCUAUAUUAUGAAAGAGGAGAAGUACUCAGGUAUGAAACAAAAUUUGGAAACACUAAAUAUGCAAUAUAAAAAUAUUAGCAAUGAGAAAAAGGAUGUGGAGACACGACUUUCAGGUGUUAAAGAGCAGUUAGACACACUGAGGAUGGAGCACACUAAUGUAACUUUGGCUUUGAAUGCUACUCAGGCUAACAUGUCAGAAAUUACAGAGAUAAUGGAAAUGCUGCAGGAGCAGUAUGUUAAUGCCACUAGUAUGACAAGCUCUUUGCAGGCUAACCUUACAGAAACUAAAAGGAUGUUAGCUGAUCAGAAAAACAAAAAUGAUAAUCUCACCAAGGAAAUCACAAAACUAAUGGCUGAGCUUCCAGUGAGGUGUGCAGAUGCCUGGGAGUACCAUAAUGGAUCAUGUUACUACUUCUCCUCUGAUAUGAAGAACUGGACAGAUAGCAAAGAUGCCUGUGUGACCAUGGGGGGACACCUGGUCAUCAUAAACAGUGCAACAGAAAUGGAUAUCCUAAGGAAUAAGGGAGAGUUUUGGAUUGGUCUAAGUCAGGCUCAGCCAGGGGGCAGAUGGUAUUGGGUGGACAACACAAACCUCAUAACCUCAAGAUUUUGGCAUACAAACCAGCCAGAUAACGGUGGAGAAGAUAUUGGAGUUUAUGGAAGAAGAAUGUGCCAUGGUUUUUUUGUCAGGGGAUGGAAUGAUAACAGCUGUAGUAAAUCUUUGAAAAGAAUUUGUGAAAGUAAAAGCUGUAGGGGCUGAAUUGAAAUUAAUACAACCACAUUCAUUCACUACAUCAAUACCGGUUUUAAAGGAAAAUUCUGGCAAUUUUUCACAUAGAUCUGUGUUUCGCGAGGUCAUGAGUACUGUCGAGCUGAAACUCAGUUUUCCCCCUGUACCGACAGUACUUGGUGACCUCGCAAAACAGAUAUCUGUGUGAAAAAUGGCUGGAAUUCUCCUUUAAUUGUGUGGCGUGUAAAGUCAAAGCAA